AAGAAAAAGCCGCUCGGUGAAGCCCGAGCACCAUGACGAGCGGCCAGGACGCUUGGGUCACGCUGACCCCGGCGGAAUUUGCUCUUUUACAAGAAUAUACACAGUACUCGAGCAAGAAGCUGAAAGACGCGCUGCAGGAGUUCCACGGCGACGGCGUGCUGGCCAAAUACAACCCAGAGGAGAAGCAGGACAUUCUCAGCCAGGAGAUUGAUUUUGAGGGCUUCAAGCUUUUCAUGCAGACCUUCCUGGAGAGCGAGCUGCCUGAAGAGUUCUGCCAGCAUCUCUUCGUCUCCUUUAGCAACAAGGACCAGGCCAGCCCGUCCUCGACCUCCGACAAGCCCGCAGUCUCGAGGCUCAAGAUUAUCAAAAGCAACUCAACCCCCCUGAGGACGAGCGCCGUGGCCGGGCCCCCGAGCACGGUGCAGCUCAAAGACAUCGUGUGCUACCUGUCGCUGCUGGAGGGAGGCCGGCCCGAGGACAAGCUGGAGUUUAUGUUUCGCCUCUAUGACACCGAUGGAAACGGCUCUUUGGACAGCUCGGAGCUGGAGCACAUCAUCUCGCAGAUGAUGCACGUGGCCGAGUACCUGGAGUGGGACGUGACCGAGCUCAAACCUAUCCUGCAGGAAAUGAUGCAGGAGAUCGACUACGACCGCGACGGCACCGUGUCUCUGGAGGAGUGGAUCCAGGGAGGGAUGACCACCAUCCCGCUGCUCGUCCUGUUGGGUCUGGAGACCAACGUGAAAGAUGACGGUCAGCACGUGUGGCGUCUGAAGCACUUCAACAAGCCAGCCUACUGCAACCUUUGCCUCAACAUGCUCGUCGGCCUCGGCAAGCAGGGACUCUGCUGCUCGUUCUGCAAGUACACCGUCCACGAGCGCUGCGUGGCCCGCGCGCCGCCCUCCUGCAUCAAAACUUACGUCAAGUCCAAGAAAAACACUGAGAUCAUGCAUCACUUCUGGGUGGAAGGGAACUGCCCCACCAAGUGUGACAAGUGCCACAAAACCAUCAAGUGUUACCAGGGUCUGACUGGGCUCCACUGCGUGUGGUGUCAAAUCACGCUCCAUAACAAGUGCGCCUCGCACGUGAAGCCCGAGUGUGACUGCGGACCCCUGAAGGAUCACAUCCUGCCGCCCAGCUCCAUCUGCCCUGUCGUCCUGGAAAGGCAGUCAACGCUAAGGAAGGACUCACGGUGCAGCCAGUCGAGCCGCGGGAAGGUACAGCGAGCCAACUCGGUCACGGUGGAUGGUCAAGGCCUGCAGAUCACAACAAUUGAGGGCACUCAUCCGCUGCUGGUGUUUGUCAAUCCGAAGAGUGGCGGCAAACAGGGAGAGAGGAUCUACAGGAAGUUCCAGUACCUCCUGAACCCGAGACAAGUGUACAACCUGGCGAAGAACGGACCCAUGCCUGGGUUGAAUUUCUUCCGAGACGUCCCUGAUUUCCGGGUGCUGGCGUGCGGAGGGGAUGGCACGGUGGGCUGGAUCCUGGACUUCAUUGACAAGGCAAACUUGGACCGGAACCCGCCCGUGUGUGUACUUCCUCUCGGCACAGGAAAUGACCUGGCCAGAUGUCUGCGCUGGGGAGGAGGCUACGAGGGCGAGAGCCUACUCAAGAUUCUGCGCGACAUUGAGAACAGCAGCGAGGUCAUGCUUGACCGCUGGAAGAUCGACGUCACGGCCACCGACAAGGACGAGCGGGGCGAUCCGGUGCCGUACAGCAUCGUGAACAACUACUUCUCCAUUGGAGUGGACGCCUCCAUCGCGCAUCGCUUCCACGUGAUGAGGGAGAAGCACCCGGAGAAAUUUAACAGCAGAACAAAGAACAAGUUGUGGUACUUUGAGUUUGGCACUUCAGAGACGUUCUCGGCCACUUGCAAGAAGCUACAUGACUUUCUGGAAGUCGAGUGUGACGGCGUUACGCUGGACCUGAGCGCCGUCUCUCUGGAGGGCAUCGCCAUCCUCAACAUUCCCAGCAUGCACGGCGGCUCCAACCUGUGGGGCGAGAGCAAGAAGAGGCGGGGACACCGCAAGGCGGCCAAGAAGGGCCCGGACAGGAGGAUGCCUCUGACCGACCCCAAGGAGCUCGUGUUUGCGGUUCAAGACCUGUCCGAUCAGCUGUUAGAGGUGGUCGGGCUGGAGGGCGCCAUGGAGAUGGGUCAGAUCUACACGGGCCUGAAAAGCGCCGGAAGACGCUUGGCUCAGUGCUCCUCCGUCACCAUCAGAACCAGUAAAUCACUUCCCAUGCAGAUUGAUGGCGAACCUUGGAUGCAGACCCCCUGCACUAUCGAGAUCGUCCACAAGAACCAGGCUCCCAUGCUGAUGGGUCCUCAGCCGAGUCGCAGCUUCUUCUCCUCGCUGGUGAGGAGAAGGCGGGCCGAGAGCAAAGACUGAGCCCUCCCGAGGCGACACAGGUCCUCAAAAGUC